AUGAUGUUCCCCUGCAGCGCGCUGCCGCCUCCUCUCUACCCCGCCUUCCUGCGUCCUCCUGCGGCUCUCUCCUCGCCCCUGAACCGGUCCUUGCACUCAGGCUUCCUGGUGGAAGAUCUCCUCAGAUGGAGCCAGCCUGUCAGCUACAUUCAUCGGACUUUUUCUUCCCGAAGUCCCGGGGACAUUCUCCAGCUGAGCGCGGGGCAGGGCGGGCAUCCCCGCCUGCUGGAGCCCGGCACAGAGCACUGUGUGCCGCAGAGCUGCAGCCUGCCGAGCCGCGGGAACCCCGGUUCUCCACAGACCGCCGGCCCGGAGCCCGGAUACCUGAAGUUCGGGGUCAGUGCGAUACUGGCACCGUCCACACGGAGUGUCCAGAGUGUUCAGAAGUCCUUCCCUUUGCCUUUCUUUGAUGGAACCCUUCAUCCCUUCAUCCGAGCGUCCUAUUUCACAGCCUCCUCAUCGGUGAUUCCUGUCCCGGGAACAUUUUCAUGGCCCCUGGCCCCCAGAGGGAAGCCCAGGAGGGGCAUGCUGCGGCGGGCUGUGUUCUCAGACCUCCAGAGGAAGGCCCUGGAGAGAACGUUCCAGAAACAGAAGUACAUCAGCAAACCAGACAGGAAGAAGCUGGCCAGUAAGCUGGGGCUGAAAGACUCACAGGUGAAGAUCUGGUUCCAGAACCGCAGGAUGAAAUGGAGGAACUCCAAGGAGAGGGAGUUGCUGUCCACCGGCGGCUGCCGCCAGCAGACCCUCCCCACCAAAACCAACCCCCACCCAGACCUCACUGAUGUAGGCAGCCCCCCAUGCCACAUGCUGGACAGGACGGCCCCCAUCAGCCACGAGUCACACCUUCACCACCACCUCCAUCAUCUUCAUCACAGUCCCUCCUCCCCGUCAGAGUGCAGCAAACAGUCGGAGCUCUCAGAGUCUGAGCGGGAAGAGGAAAUCACCGUCUCGUAGGACAUUCGUCUGAUUCUCUCCGUUCUCUUUAUAUGGACCCCCCCCCCCCCCAGCGGGAUGAAGGGACAGAAUGUAUGAAAGACACGCUGAAUGGAGUGAAGACUCUGCUCCAUUUCCUCUG